AUGUGUCCAGCUCUUGGGCUGGUAUGCUCUGCUUUCCUCUUCAGCCUGCUCCUCACUGAAGGCCAGCCUGGGGAAGAGCAGGAUGGCAGCUAUGCUCCCAGCAGAGGCUCUCUGAGGGAAGCCUUGCACCUGCUUUCAACCGAGGAUGCUGAGCUCCACACGAAGCGCUCAGGAGAAGUGGUCAGAAGGCUGCUGGAGAGAGCUGGGUGCCCACAGCGGAUGGCAGGCGUGCAAGAGGACUGUGAGCUGUGCCUGGAUCCAGAUGCUGUGUUACUGACAGCUGGUGGGGCUUUAGAGGACCGGCUCAGCGAAGAAGUCUUUGAGAGGAUCUCUCUAAUUCUCCUCUACCACAUUCUGCAUCACAGAGAUGUGUGCUCCUCACAGCUCAGCCUGGAAAACAAGGAUUAUAAGUAUUACCUUCAGAGCAUGCUCAGCUUAAGACAGGAUGAAGACUGUUACUAUUUUUCCCAGAAUGAAACUGAAGACACCUUGGCUGCAGUCAGGCAGCAUUUUAAAACUACGGAGACCCAGUGUGUUGAUGUGAGUACUCUGGAGAAAACAGCUGAGAUAAUGGACAGAGCUGGUGCUGAUGAAAACACUCUUCCACGCCUGGCUGCUUUAAUCAUUACUCUGGCUCUGCAAGGAGUCUGCAUGGGGAAAGCCAGCCUGCCCUCCCCUGAAUUCUUUAUAAAAUACAUUUUCAGUUCUCUGAACAGCACCACUGAGCUCCAAGUGACAGAACUGGAGCAACUCCUCAGUGUGCUUGCAGCCAAAAAGACCUGCACUGGGCAAUUCCACAGCCACCAAAGAAGGUUUGAUGGUGUGGCAGGCAAAAUCCUUCCAGCCAAAGGAAACCAUACAAAAGGUGGUGAAGACCCUGAAAGGAACACAGAGUGGGACCAGGUUUGCUUCUCUGCCAGUGAACUCAUGAAGAUAUUUCUACCAAGCAGCUCCUCCUCCAUUUCUAAGGAGCACUUCAAGCAAAUCAGUCCAGCUAUCAUUCAGCAGCUAUUAAGUUGUUCAUGUCAGCUUCCUGACUCGAAGCAGACAAAGCUUCCACCAACAGCUUUGGAAAAGUAUGGGUACAGCACUGUUGCUGUUUUGCUGAUCACUGUUGGCUCUAUGUUUGGGACCAGCCUCAUUCUGUUCAACUCCUGCCAGGAAACCUACACACUGAUCCUGCAGCUCUUCGUGGGCUUGGCUGUUGGGACCCUGUCUGGAGAUGCUCUGCUGCAUCUCAUUCCUCAGACUCUUCGCUUGCACAAGCAUGAAGCACAAGAGGCAGAACAUUUCUAUGAUGGGAAAGAAUAUAUUUGGAAGCUGUUGGGGAUCAUUGGAGGAAUCCAUGGAUUUUUUCUGAUAGAAAAGUGCUUCUUCCUUCUGGUGACACCACGCCAGCAGCAGGACCACUCAUUAGUUAAUGGGCACUGGGGACAUUCCCAUGAGCUUCCAGUGGAAUCUGAACUAAAUGAACACUCAGGCAGAGGCAAGUCUACUUCCACCAUCCAGUUGAGAAGCCCAGAAGAUUCUGAGUCUGCUGAAGUUCCUCCAGAAAGUAAAACCAUCAGCAAAAAAAGUAAGAACAUCAGCUUGUUAGCAAUCAUGGUUCUGGUGGGUGACAGCCUCCACAAUUUUGCAGAUGGCUUGGUAAUAGGAGCAGCAUUCUCAUCAUCAACAGAAACAGGGGUGACCACCACUGUGGCUAUCUUAUGCCAUGAAAUCCCUCAUGAAAUGGGAGAUUUUGCUGUGCUGCUAAGCACAGGGCUCCCCACCAAGAUUGCCAUUUUGAUGAAUUUCAUAAGUGCCCUAACAGCUUUCUUAGGACUUUACAUUGGCCUUUCCCUGUCAGCUGACCCCUGCAUCCAGAACUGGAUUUUCACUGUUACAGCUGGCAUGUUCCUCUAUUUAUCUUUAGCAGAAAUGCUUCCUGAAAUGACUCACACUCAGACCCGGCGCCCCUGGUUGAUGUUUCUCCUGCAGAACCUUGGAUUGCUCUCAGGCUGGCUCUGCCUCUUACUUCUGGCUAUCUAUGAACAGAAGAUUAAAAUCUGA